GUCUCCUCUCUACCUGUCUUACUCUCUCUCUCUUCCCCUCCCUCUUCUUUCUCUCUCUCUCUUUCCCUCUUUCCCUCUCUCUGUCCCCCUCUCUCUGUCCCCCCUCCCUGUCCACCCUCUCUCUAACCCCCUCUCUCUCUGACCCCCUCUCUCUCUGUCCCCCCUCUCUCCUCUCUGUCCCCCUCUCUCUCUCCCUCUCUCUCUUUCUCUCUCCCCUCCCCCACCCCUCUGCUCCCCUGCCCCUCUCCCACUCCCACUACUCCCUACUCCCCACUCCCCACUCCCAUGUCCCCCUCUCCCUCUCUCUCUCUCCCCAUGUCAUUAAAUCACUCAGUGUUUCAGAUUGUGGGUUCUGCCUGUUCCUGUUUCCACCCCUGCACUCACUGGCACUUUCUCAAUGAUCUGAAUCUCGGUGUGUGAGUAACAGUAAAGUGUUGGUCUGAAAAGUGUGUGGGCUGGAAUUAAAAACAGCUUUACCCAGACUGUUCAGAGUCAGUCGGAAGCCGGUGUUGAGGCUCCAUAUCACGAAAGAUAAGGACCUGGACCAGGAUGCAGUGCUGGAUGUGGAUCAGGAUUGGGGUGAGUUACCAAGGCUAAAUAGGUAGCAUAAUCUGAAAUAACAGAUUGCUAACUAGGAAUGUCGACAAAGAUCACUAAGACCAUCUGACAAACUGACAAAAUAAUUUUCAUCCUUGGAUUCAUUUUUAAAUAUUUCAACAGGUCUACAGUCAGAGUAGCUCCCUACUCCCCCAAUAAUUUCUGUAUGUUGUGGAUGGGUGUAAUGGUUUUACUCUCAUUGCUAUCUAAACUGUGACCAAAUUAUGUUUUGUCACUUGUGUGAAAAGGGAAGCUGUCUCAAAAUUCCUUUAACAUUGUGAUAGGUGCUCACUAUUUCUUCCUAAGAGUUCUGGCUGGCCUGGAUUGUGAGGUGAAUGCUUUACUGCUGAGGUGAGGAUGAGGUUAAUGUGAAAAUUCAGCUUUAAACUUUUGACAAAAUGGAAUACUUAUCUCCUAGCAACAGCAAGUGCUAAGCUGAGUAACUCCAUCAGAAAGGAUGGAGUUCUUCAUUCUGUGUUGGCUCUGGGUGCAGCCAGAUGAUUAUGCAACCACAUGAGCAGCAAAUAUUACAAAGAACUUGGAAUGUCAGGUGGAAUCAGACUCUAAUAACUCCAUUCAUAUUCAGGUGAGUUCCUUAAAAACAGAAAGCUCCAUUUUAAUUACUUAAAGUUGUGAAAUGAUUGAAUCAGCAGUUUCCAUUAUGUAAAAUUGUAAACUACUUUCUUCAUAGUGAUAACUUCAGUGUAAAUUGGGUAAAAGUGGGAAGUCUUGUUUGACUACCUAAUAUCAAUUCUUUAGGGUUCAUGACUUACAACUUGAAUUGGGUCAUGUUGAUUUAGUAAGUGGGUUGUGUUCAUGACAAGUGCAUCCCAAUACAUAGGGCCCAGGAUGUAAGCUUAUAAUUGUUAAUUUUUUGUAUGUCAGCUUCUCUGGCAAGGCCAGCAUUUGUUCUCCAAACUGGCGUUGAAGAGGUACCAGUGAGCCAUUUUCUUCAAUUGCCAUGGAACAAAAAACUUCCACAGUGCCAUUUCAUUGAGAAAUCUCUGGAUCAAUUAAUCCUGGAUGAAUCGGUGAUAUAUUUCCAUAUCAGGCUGGGAUGGGACAAAGGACAUUCAUUGAGCAGACUGCCACCUACCCUUCUGAUUGGAGAGCUCAUGGAUUAUAGGUAGUGCUGGAACAGCCAGACAGCUUUAUGCCGUGAUAUUUGCUUCUGGAGCUUUCGGUCGUUCAACAGCUGGUGAUUCCUGGAAUUUCAGUCGUUUAACAGCUGACGGUUCCUGGAAUUUGACGCGCGCAGAAGAAAACAUGCAGAUCUUGAGGUGGGAGACCAAGCAGCCCGGAAUUUGGAAUGACAAAGACAAGAAAAGAAGGAAAAGACUCAGUACAAAUUGCCCAGAGAACCAGUAUCCUGAUCCUUCAGACAACUCGCUCUGCUGCAGAAAGUGUCCAGCAGGUUCCUGUGUGAAAGCCUCAUGCAAGACACAUGGUGGUCAACCACAAUGCGAGCCCUGCCCAGGGGGUACUUACCUUGCUUUUGAAAAUUACCUAAGUGAAUGUCAGAUCUGCAAAACAUGUGACAAAAUGACGCAGACAACCAUUCGUAACUGCACUGCUACUAGCAACACAGAGUGCAUGUGCAAGGCUGACCAGUACCAGCAGUGUCACUACACAAACUGCACGCUAUUCCACUGUUUGAGCUGCUCCAGGUGCCACAACAGAGAAGUCAUCAAACCCUGUUCACAGCGGGAGGAUGCUCAAUGUGGAGAGUGCUUGCCAGGAUUUUACCCACAUGGUGACCAGUGCAAAGCCUGUACUGAAAUUACGAAUGAAGCCUCUCCCGCUGCAUUGGGAUGCUUGAUUUCUGAGUCAUAUUUACCCACAGUGCUGAAGACCGUUCUAAGUGUUUUGGGAUCACUUUCCCUUCUGUUCGUGAUGGUUCAACUUCUGCGCUGCAAAUUUCAACGUACAUCUGUUGUGAAGGAGCCGAGGCCCCGGACAGGCACAGGGGUUCAAAGUCCUGAUGUCUGUGUUUCAGCUCCUGAGGGUGAAAAGACAAAGAGUGAAGUGAAAGAGUUGCCAUUUGAGAUCCCAGCUCCAGAAAGGAAAUCCAGUCCUCCCAUUGAUUUCCCAACUCAUCCACUGGCAAACAACAACAUUUAUGGGACCAGUCUACAGGCAUCACGGCUCCAACCUGAAACACAAGUGUCAAUGCCCCUAGCUGGAAGAGCCUUGUAUGAAAUCAUCAACUUGGUCCCCGUGCGGAGAUGGAAGGAGCUGAUGCGUUUGCUGAGGCUGAAGGAGUGCGAUAUAGAGCGGAUUGAGAUGGACGUGACCCAUUCCCGAGACCAGCAGUAUGAGAUGCUUCGUCAGUGGAGCCAGCAACAAACAGCCUCCGUGGAGUCCUUGUACCAGGCCUUGGAAAUCAUGAACUUGACAGGUCUAGCAGAGGAACUUAAAGCCAAACUUCUCAACUAGUUCAACUCUCCCUGACACCACUAUGACAUCAAGUUUAAUGUUCAGGAAAGACAACUCCAUGUGUCCUCAAUCUAAAGCCUAGUUAGUCCUGCGGCCCACAGCCGCUGGUGAAGCCUGGAUUUUAGAGUGUGCAAUUUAGUAAUCGACUUAACCGAUGCUUCAGGGAUCUGGGGUUCCCAUUUCUGGACAAGAUGCGCAAGUUGCUCCAAAGGAGCAGACCUUGAGGGCAGUCACCUGAGCUGAGCACUCAGUGCCCUGCACUCGCAGGGGGCAAGAGCAAAGUGGCAGCUCCCCACCUGAGCCGAGGGUUGUCAAUGCCAGAGACACAGUCAGUUCCAGGGCUCGGACCUGGUUUGAUCAAAAUUAGUUCCACUUUGCAGUCUAGAUCUUCACAAGAAAAGGUGGCGUAAAGAGGAGAUGCAGCAAUACAGUAAGGCCAUGUGACUCUGGAAGUUAGAAGCUUAGCAAGGUGGUAAGUGACUUACUGUCUUUCUACCUGGCUCUAUGUACUUGAGUCCUGUCAUACCUGGGAGCUGCCUCGCUCUGGCCCAAAGUCUCUGGUAAUUUAUCAAGAACUGAUUUAUCCAUGGAUUGGAAGUCUCACCCACCCCCCAGCCUCCAAAAGCUGCCUGCAGUUAGUCAUUCAGACUCAAGCCACAGAAGGCAAACUCCGAAUGGGGCCUGGGCUCCGUUUUGAGGUUGUGCAGAGGUGGGGCCUGGAGGACUUGAGGCUCAGCUCGCAGGGAAACGUCCCAAGUGUUCCAUGUCUUUGGAUUAAUCUGUAUAUAAGUUUCUGUGGUGAUAAAUAUGACUUUUAAAAAUAUGGAAGCAAAUUCUGUUCUUAAUCAACACUGCAUUACAGCCGUUCUGAUACAGAAGGGUUUUUCAGUAGAUUCAUUCACAAACGCUGACAGCCUAUUAAGUAAUCCGUCUGAAGUGCAGGCAUUCAUUUCGGCGUUCCAAUAGGGCAGCCCCUUUGCUCACAUCAAUAGAAUAACAAGCAGAUACUCCACCUUUGGGAUCAGCCGGACUAUAUUACAAUUUAAGGCACACAGUGUUCUCUCUUUCUGCAUAAUACCGAGAGGGAAGGCUUGUUACUAAUAGGCAGCAGGGUAUCCCUUCAUUUUCUUAUGUCCUGUUAUAUUUGGAAGUAGCGGUGGUAUAAUCCUAGGUUAGAACGCUCCUGGUAUCUGCUACCCUCUUCUGGUCUUUUGGUGAACAACACACUAAUUUUACACAAACACACACACAAAAAUACACGCAUGCACACACAAAAACACACACACACACUUCCUGACAUUGUAUUCCAUCUGCCAUUUCGUUGCCCAUUUUCUUAAUCCAAGUCCUUUUGCAGCCUCCCAGCUUCCUCAUCACUACUAGCUCCUCCAUCUAUCUUUGUAUCAUCUGAAAACUUGGCCACAAAGCCAAUAGUUCCAUCAUCCAAAUCAUUGACAUAUAAUGUAAAAAAAUGGUCCCAACCCCAACCCUUUUGGAACACCACUGGUCACUGCCAGCCAAUCAGAAAAGGCUCCCUUUAUUCUCACUCUUUGCCUCCUGCUAGUCAGCCAAUUCUCUACCCAGGCUAAUAUUUUUUUUCCUCUGUAAUACCAUGAUCUUGUUAAGCAGCCUCAGGUGCAGCACCUUGUCAAUGGCCUUCUGAAAACCCAAGUACACAACAUCCACCGAUUAGCUUUUUUCUAUCCUGCUUGUUAUUUCCUUGGAGAAUUUCAACAGAUUUGUCAGGCAAGAUUUUCCCUUAAGGAAACCAUGUUGACUUUGGCCUAUUUUAGUACCCAGAAAACUCGUUCUUAAUAAUGGACUCCAACAUCUUCCCAACCGCUGAAGUCAGGCUAACUGGCUUAUAACAUCCUUUUUUCUGCUUCCUUCUCAUCUUGAAGUGUGGAGUGACAUCUGCAAUUUUCCAGUCCUACAGAACCAUGCCAGAAUCUAGUGAUUCUUGAAAGAUCAUUACUAAUUCCACCUCAAUUUCUUCAGCUACCUCUUUCAGAUCCCUGAGGUGUAGUCCUCUUGUGACUUGUUGAUUAUACCUUCAGACUUUUUGGCCUCCCAAACAUCCUCUCUGUAGUAAUAGCAAAUGCACUGACUUCUGCUCCCCCACCCCCAGCACACUUAAAAUUCAGCAUACUACUAGUUUCUUCCAAAGUGAUGCAAACUACUUAUUUCAUUUAUCAGCUAUUUUUGUUAUCCCCCAAUACUAUCUCUCUGACAUAAUUUUCCAGUGGUCCAAUAUCUACUCCUGCCUCUCUUUUACUCUUUAUAUAUCUGGAAAAAAAACUUCUGUUACCCUCUUUUAUAGUAUUGGCUAGAUAACAUUUAUAUUUAAUUUUUUUCCUCAUUAUGGCUUUUUAGUUGCCUUCUGUUUGUUUUUCAAAGCUUCCCAAUCCUCCAACUUCCCACUAAUUUUGCUAUAUUAUAUGCCCCCAUUUUGUUUUUAUGCUGUCUUUGACUUCCCUUGCCAGCCACGUUUGCAUCAUCCUGCCUUUAGAAUACUACUUCAUCUUUGGGAUGCAUCUAUACUGUGCUUUCCGAAAUGCUCCCAGAAUCUCCAGCCAUUGCUGUUCCGGCAUCGUCCCUGCUAAUAUCUUGUGCCAAUCAACUUUGGCCAGCUCCUCUCUCUUGCAUCUGUAAUUACCUUUACUCCACUAUAAUACUGAUACGUCUGACUUUAGCUUCUCCCUUUCAAACUGCAGAGUGUAUUCUAUCAUAUUAUUAUCACUACUCCAUUACCUUAAGCUCCCUAACCUGAUCUAAUUCAUUACACAUCACCCAAUCCAGAAUCUCCUUUCCCCCUAGUGGGCUCAAUCACAAGCUGCUCUUAAAAAAUUCAUCUUGUAGGCAUUCUACCAAAUUCCCCCUCCUGGGAUCCAGCACCGACCUGUCACCUCAGAACCAGCCACUGAAUCAGUAUUUUGAAAGCCAAAUGCUGGGUGAUAAAAGGCAUCUUCCUGCUAACCUCAAUGUGCUAUGUGGGCUUUUCAUUUUUCAGCAGCCUGCAGUCAGAUCUCCCACUGGCAGCAGGGAGUGCUAUUAAAUAACAAAAAAAAAACAAGCUCAGUGUGUUACUAGUUCUCCUGAGACUGUUCCAUAAUCUAGAUUAUGUGGAUUUUUAUAACCAUAUAACAAUUACAGCACAGAAACAGGCCAUCUCGGCCCUUCCAGUCGGUGCCGAACUCUUACUCUCACCUAGUCCCACCGACCUGCACUCAGCCCAUAACCCUCCAUUCCUUUCCUGUCCAUAUGUCUAUCCACUUUAACUUUAAACAACAACAUCAAACCUGCCUCAACCACUUCUGCUGGAAGCUCGUUCCACACAGCUACCACUCUCUGAGUAAAGAAGUUCCCCCUCAUGUUACCCCUAAACUUUUGCCCUUUAACUCUCAACUCAUGUCCUCUUGUUUGAAUCUCCCCCAUUCUCAAUGGAAAAAGCCUAUCCACGUCAACUCUAUCUAUCCCCCUCAUAAUUUUAAACACCUCUAUCAAGUCCCCCCUCAACCUUCUACGCUCCAAAGAAUAAAGACCCAACUUGUUCAACCUUUCUCUGUAACUUAGGAGAUGAAACCCAGGCAAUAUUUUGUAAAUCUCCUCUGUACUCUCUGAAUUUUAUUGACAUCUUUCCUAUAAUUCAGUGACCAGAACUGUACACAAUACUCCAAAUUUGGCCUUACCAAUGCCUUAUACAGUUUCAACAUUACAUUCCAACUCCUAUACUCAAUGGUCUGAUUAAUAAAGGCCAGCAUACUAAAAGCUUUCUUCACCACCCUAUCCACAUGAGAUUCCACCUUCAGGGAACUAUGCACCAUUAUUCCUAGAUCCCUCUGUUCUACAGCAUUCUUCCAUGCCCUACCAUUUACCAUGUAUGUCCUAUUUUGAUUAGUCCUACCAAAAUGUAGCACUUCACAUUUUUCAGCAUUAAACUCCAUCUGCCAUCUUUCAGCCCACUCUUCUAACUGGCCUAAAUCUUUCUGCAAGCUUUGAAAACCUACUUCAUUAUCCACAACGCCACCUAGCUUAGUAUCAUUUGCAUACUUACUAAUCCAAAUUACCACCCCAUCAUCCUCGCCAUUAUCCACUUGGAGUGAGAACAUUUGGGGAGGAGGAGAUGGCGACACGCCGCAGUGCGGACGGCCACUCCGGUGAAUAUCUGUAAUCUGUCAAGUAGGGUACCAUGCACAAUUCUGAUUUGAUGGAGACAGACAUGAGAGUACAGAGGAGCAUCUGGAGAAACUUCUGAAAUGCCCGCUUCGCUGCCGCUGCUACUGUAUAGUCCGGAAUCUCCGGAGAAGGCUCCGAAUCCUCAACUUUGCUUGUUUUGGCGGCCGGGGCUAGGUCGAAGGCGCUCGGCAGAGGAUGGCACUUGGGAGGCUGUAUCGGAGGGGCUGGUUGGAGGCUCGAAGUUUUCAGACGGAUGGACUCAGUGUCGGCUGUGGUCAGGUGCUUCCAAUGUAUCGACAGUUGUCGGUGCCUGGAGGUUUAUAGCAGGGAGUUUCUCCCUUUGCCGCCUGCUAUUAGGGACUCGGGAGCUGAUCGGGACUUUGAGACUUUUUUUUUUAACCGUGCCCAUGGUCUGCUCUUCAUCAAAUUACGGUAUUGCUUUGCACUGCUGUAACUAUAUGUUAUAAUUAAUGUGGUUCUGUCAGUGUUAGCCUUUGGUUUGUCCUGUUUUUCUGUGAUAUCACUCUGGAGGAACAUUGUAUCAUUUCUUAAUACAUGCAUGCAUUUCUAAAUGAAAAUAAAUGAGGACUGAGUGUUCUCAUAAUCUAAAACAUUUCACGGAAAAUGGCAAGUGCAUUCAUGCGAAGAGCACACGAAGCACUCAGAACAAUUCCACAUCUGGUAAUGAAUUACCCAAGCGUGAUCUUCUGUGUGAACUACCCUAGGUAAAAAUUAAAUUGGAUCUCGUGGUGUUCAAAGAACAAGUGCUAUUGAUUCACAAUCUAGCCUGUGGUAAUUCCAAGGUAGAGAAGUCAUUGGUUCUGCAGCUUUGAC